GUAACGCGGUGGCGCCUAUAAAGUGAGGACAGCGGCAAGCGAGUAAAUAUCCAAUCUGACAUAAACCAUUGGGAACAGCGCACGAACACAUGGACAUUCCGCUUGAUGACCGUCCGACGCAUGAGCUGGAGAGCAUCAUCGUCGCCCACGGCGACCAGAUCCAGCCGGCUGCUUCCAAUCCCCCGCCCCCGAGAGCCUCCGGGCCGUCGGGGAGCCUCGCCCGGACCCUGCUGUCUCAGCCAUCCAAGAUCAUGGCCGGGGUGCAGGGGUUCGCGUCCCGGGUCGGCGGGGAUAAGAGGCAUCCCGGGAGGACGACGGCAGCGUCCGGCGCCAAGGGGCUUCGGUUCCUCGACAAGAAGGCCGGCGGCUGGAAGGCCGUUGAGAAGCGCUUCGACCAAUUCGCCGUCGACGGCAGGCUUCCCAAGGAGAGCUUCGGCCGCUGCAUCGGCAUGGGCGAGUCGCAGGAGUUCGCUGGCGAGCUAUUUGUUGCUUUGGCAAGGAGGGGGAACAUAACGCCAGAACAUGGCAUCACCAAAGACGAACUGAAGGAGUUCUGGCAGCAAAUGACCGACCAAAACUUCGACUCUCGGCUGCAGAUCUUCUUCGACAUGUGCGACAAGAACGGCGACGGGAAGCUCUCAGAAAACGAGGUGAAAGAGGUCAUCGGUCUCAGUGCCUCAGCAAAUAAGCUUUCCAAGUUGAAAGCGCAUGCAGCGAACUACGCUGCUCUCAUAAUGGAGGAGCUCGACCCAGACGGUCUUGGCUACAUCGAGAUUCGGCAGCUGGAGACAUUGAUUCGAGGGAUGGUGAGCUCACAGGUAACCGAGAGAACACUGAAACGUUCACACGGGCAUGCAAGAAGGAUGAUACCGAAGCGAUACAGAUACCCGGUCAACAGAUUUGUGGGCAAGGCUACAGAUUUCGUUCUGGACAACUGGAAGAGAAUAUGGGUUUUCUCCCUCUGGUUGACCCUGAACGCCGUCCUGGCUGCGUGGAAGUUCUACCAGUACGAGAGAAGAGCAGCAUUUGAGGUGAUGGGCUACUGCGUCUGCGUAGCCAAGGCUGCGGCUGAGACCCUGAAGCUAAACAUGGCUCUGAUCCUCAUCCCUGUUUGCCGCAACACCCUCACAAGGCUCAGAUCGACUUGCCUCAGCUCCGUAUUCCCUUUUGAUGACAACAUCAACCUCCACAAGGCCAUUGCACUGGCGAUCACAAUCGGGACUCUGGUGCACACUCUUGCUCAUGUGACCUGUGACUUCCCGAGGCUGAUCACAUGCCCCGAAUCAAAGUUCAUGAGACUACUGGGACCUAAUUUCCACUACAAGCAGCCCACCUAUGCAUCUCUGUUAGCAAGUGUUCCCGGGAUCACUGGUAUCCUCAUGAUCAUCAUCAUGGCGUUCUCCUUCACUCUGGCAACACACUCUUUUAGGAGGAGUGUGGUGAAGCUGCCACCGCCCCUCCACCAUUUAGCUGGUUUCAAUGCGUUUUGGUAUGCUCACCAUCUUCUGGCCGUCGUUUAUGUCCUUCUGAUCGUCCAUUCCUACUUCCUAUUCCUCACCAAGGAAUGGUACAAGAAGACGACAUGGAUGUAUCUUACGAUUCCCCUCCUCUUUUAUGCCUGUGAAAGAUUGAUUCGGAAAUUUCGUGAGAAAAGCAUUGGCGUCAGCAUCGUUAAGGCAGCUAUAUAUCCAGGCAACGUCCUUUCGAUACAUAUGAGGAAGCCACCAGGUUUCAGAUACAAAAGUGGGAUGUACCUGUUCAUCAAAUGUCCGGAUGUCUCACCUUUCGAAUGGCAUCCGUUCUCGAUCACUUCUGCACCGGAUGAUGAGCACUUGAGUGUUCAUAUCCGAACCCUGGGAGACUGGACGACCGAGCUAAGAAAUCUCUUCGGAAAAGUCUGUCAAGCGCAGGUUACUCUGAAGAAGGCUAAUCUGGUGAGACUCGAAACCACAGUCGUCGCAGAUGUUCAAUUCGACGAUGCAAGAUUCCCAAAGCUUUACAUUGAUGGGCCAUAUGGCGCACCAGCUCAAGACUACAAGAAGUACGACAUUCUUUUGCUCAUCGGAUUAGGAAUCGGUGCAACUCCAUUCAUCAGCAUCCUGAAGGAUCUCCUCAACAACAUAAAGUCCAACGAAGAAACACACGACGCAGCUGCAAACUUCAUCCAAGGAAAUGGCCCUGGAAGAGCUUACUUCUACUGGGUGACCAGGGAACAAGGAUCAUUUGAAUGGUUCAAAGGUGUCAUGAACGAAGUUGCAGAGAGUGACCACCAUAAUGUCAUAGAGAUGCACAACUACUUGACGAGCGUGUACGAAGAAGGUGAUGCAAGGUCAGCCCUCAUCGCCAUGAUUCAGUCACUGCAGCACUCCAAAAGUGGCGUUGACAUCGUCUCUGGGAGUCGGAUACGAACACACUUCGCGAGGCCAAACUGGAGGAAAGUGUUCUCGGACUUGGCCAAUGCCCACAAAGAUUCUCGGAUCGGUGUUUUCUACUGUGGAUCAGCAACUCUUACAAAGCAUCUCAGGGAGCUAUCACAAGAAUUCAGCCAUGACAGCGCCACUCGUUUCGAUUUCCACAAGGAAAACUUCUAAAGAAGAGACCAGAGAUGAUGUUGAUAGGCAAUUUAUUGUUGUAUACGAGACGAAAAAGGAGUAAUUAAGUAGUACAGUCCUGUAAAAAUCUGUGUUGGUUGAUGUUCCGGUGCAUGGUAAAGAUUAAGAACAGGUGUGAAGCAAUAAGGAAUGAUUCACGAUCCCCAACUUGAUUCCAGGAUGACUCAAAGCGUGUUCAUUUACUCCAUCAUACUAUAUUGAAGCAAUGCUAUUUGGUUUA